AUUUUUUUCGUCUCUACUUUUUUGGAGUCGUGAUCAUCGGUCUUAGUCUUGUCUUUUCUACGCCGCUCGAUCCUUAUCCCUUUGGUCAGGCCUUCCAGCAGCUCUAAUACUCGCUUCCUCCGCUAUCAGAAGUUUUCAACACUCGACAAUCAACUUCACGAUUUCCUCCAGUUCUCUCACACACACACAUCAGACAAAAUGGUCUCCACAAAGAGCCUUCUGCUUGCUGCCUUCGCAACAAUAGCAUACGCUGCUCCCACAAAGGGACCCUGCAAAUCCCUAACCCCAACUCUCCCCAGCACUGGCGGCGACAACCUCCAAGGUCCCUCUCCCACAGCCCGCCUCAAGAAAAUCGCCCUCGGCCACGGCAUCCAAAACUACACCUGCAGCGCCUCCGAUGCCACCCCCUCCGCAACCGGCGCUCUCGCCGUCCUCUACGACGCCACCACCGUCUACCCAGGUCUCUCCAAGACCGCCUUGUCACCAGACGCCUUCAACUCCCUCCCCCACCUCCUCCUCUGGGACCGCCCUGUCCCUCUCAACCGCCCCUCCAACUCGUCCUACUCCGCCGACACCACGUCCCCCUUCCCUGCGCACAAUGACCUCAAGGGACUAGCCGACUACCCAUCCUUCAAGUACGCGGGCCACCAUUUCUUUGAUUCGACUGGCACGCCCAUGUUCGAUCUGGAUGCGUCGGGACUGAAAGCGAGCGUGGUCAAGGGCGGCAAUGUCAAUGCGCCCAAGGAUGCAGAUAAGGGCGUGUUGGAUACAGGCGCAGUGGCGUGGUUGAGGUUGACGGAUAGCAAGAAGGGGGAGAGCAAGGGGGUGAAUUUGGUUUAUAGGGUUUUGACGGCGGGAGGUAAUGCCGAGGGGUGUGCUGUUGCGGGGACGGGGGUGCAGAGUGUCCCGUAUACGGCUUUUUAUUGGUUUUAUGAGGAGUAGAUUGUCGCUUGAUUGAAGAAUUGGAAGGCGGGUGGGUAUGGUUUAUGAUGGAAUUGUUGAUGAGCUCUUCACCUUUGUCGGUGGGGGAAGACUUGAGCAAGUCAAGUCGGGCUUUCAAUCUUGUUUAUUGAUGAUCAAAAGGA